AGGAAUCCUACCAGGCCUUGCUGCAGAUGAAGCAGUCCAACUGGCUCAAGGCCGUGGGCGUCAACUUCGCGCCACCUGAUCGACCUCCAGGAAGGCGCGAGAGAGAUCGAGUGAAAACAGUCCACGCGUCAUCACGUUCAAAGUUCUUCAUCCCAAGAUCGAUCCAAGACGCUUGUUCCAGGAGAGACUCCACCCCUGAUCAAGAAGGGCAAAGUUGCCACCUGUUUCGAUACGUCGGUGGCCCAUCGCUGGGUCGAUGGCUUUCGGUCCUUUCGACAUCUCAAAAAGGGCUUCCAGCCGGACAGUGAUGAGCUGUCCCAAGAAGAACGACACUUAUAGACGUGUCCAAUCUUGUCCAACCACAAGGAAUAAGAUUGGCUUUGGAACAUGUGUGAACACAUUGGUUCCCCGUUUUUUUGCUUCAGUUUCUUGCAAUUUUCUAUUCCAGAAUACUCUUGCACGUGAAUUUUAGAAACCAACCCGCUCGACUGCGAUUCUUUGCCAACGCCGCCAGGUCUUCCGGCACCUGCGGUGCAUCAGUUGGAGUUCCAUCCCGCCUGGCCCCGCGUCCCGUUGGAGACGGCGGCUCCGGCACGAGCUGUGGGCACGGUGCUGCAAGCCUAUGGCUGCCUGGGAGGUGCCCACACCGGUGCGAUGCUGCAGCUGGAGCUGGUGCAGCAGAUCGCCCAGCACCACGCGGCGUC